GUCGCUGAAUACGCCAAAGUUUGACAUUGUAACGCGGAAACGUUUAUAUCGAAUGAUGUUUGAAAUUGAAAGUGUGCAAAGUGAAUUAUGAAGAUGAAAAUACCUGCGUGCCGCAAAGAGUCGCGGCCUCACUCCCUCAACGCUGCGAUCAUGAAAGAAAAGAGUAAGAAUGCAGCGAGAUCAAGAAGAGAAAAGGAGAAUGCAGAAUUCCUGGAAUUGGCGAAGUUGCUGCCACUCCCUUCAGCGAUUACGUCGCAGCUGGAUAAAGCAUCCGUCAUACGACUGACGACCAGUUACCUGAAGAUGAGACAGGUUUUUCCUGAUGGCUUAGGAGACGCUUGGGGGGCCGCUCCACCACCACCUCAGCCGCGGGAGCUCUCCAUACGGGAACUUGGGUCCCACCUACUACAGACCCUCGAUGGCUUCAUCUUCGUAGUGGCACCUGACGGAAAGAUCAUGUAUAUCAGUGAGACAGCGUCGGUUCACCUAGGUUUGAGUCAGGUGGAGUUGACUGGCAAUUCAAUCUAUGAGUACAUCCAUCAAGCUGAUCAUGAAGAAAUGAGUGCUGUCCUCAGUUUACAGCAUCCACAUAGUUAUUUAGGUCAUCAGUGUCCAUCUAUUGGCUACCCAGUCGGUGGCACUUGGAGCUCGAGUGUGGACAUAGAAUGCGAGAGAGCGUUCUUCAUAAGGAUGAAGUGCGUCCUGGCCAAACGUAAUGCUGGUCUUACGACAUCAGGAUAUAAGGUGAUUCAUUGUUCCGGCUACCUCCGUGCUCGGCGAUUCGGCGAAGGCUCUGCCCCCCUUGGGCUGAUAGCGGUGGGUCACUCCCUACCCCCCUCGGCUGUCACGGAAUUGAAACUCCACUCAAACAUGUUCAUGUUUAGAGCGUCCCUGGACAUGAGACUUAUAUUCUUGGAUGCUAGGGUGGCAUCUCUAACUGGAUACGAGCCGCAAGACUUAAUAGAAAAAACCCUGUAUCAUUAUAUACACGGAACCGAUGUGCUUCAUAUGAGACAUUCCCAUUGUACUUUACUAACCAAAGGACAGGUGACAUCCCGGUAUUACCGCUUCCUAACGAAAUCUGGAGGUUGGGUAUGGAUGCAGAGCUACGCGACCAUUGUUCACAACUCCAGGUCGUCGCGGCCGCAUUGCAUCGUCUCUGUCAAUUACGUACUAAGUGACAUCGAAGAGAAGAAUUUAAUUUUAAAUUUGGAACAAGGCGCGCCAAAACCGAACACAGACCCGCACAUCCCACAGGUCUCGCACAUCCGGCACACAGAUAGAGUAAAUGACGAAUUCAGCACAGACUACACACAAUUUCCGGAAUAUACUCUACUACCGACAAUACCAACAUACGAGACGGACGACUACCAGAACCAAAAUGGCUACCAGGAUAUGUUUUAUAACGAAAAUUAUACAGAGCCCGAGCUGCCGAACUACGCCUACCCACAAAACCAAAGACCAUUUUCGGCCAGUUCAUCGUCUUGCUCCUCCAUUGAAAGUUCUGAAGUGAAUCAAUAUAGUUACACGAAUCUAAUUUCGUUCUAUGGACAAAAUGGCCGACCGGAAAACUUUGGCAGCUUUGGGAAAUUACCACAGAGUCAAAACGUUCAAGAAGGCUACACAAGCGUAAUUGUAGAUAAUACACAGCAGUUUCAUGGAAGUAAUGUUAACGAAUUCGUGCAUUGACUUUGCCUUUUAGGCUGGAAUUACCGCGCGGUAAUGGCCUAUGACCUCGGUAAUAUUACCAUUAAUUACCGCUUUGGUUAACGGCUUCAAAGGCAUAACUGCUUUGAAAGGAGGACAGCGUUCGGUAUAUUACCGCGCGGUAAUGGCCUAUAACCUUGGUAAUAUUACCAUGAAUUACUGUUUUGGCUAACCGCUUCAGAGGCAUUACCACUUUAAAAGUAUUUUAACGUUUUCUGGUAUCUUCUUAUGGAAAAUCUUUUUUCAUUCAUUAUAUAACAUUUGUCAGUUUGUUUUUUCUUGGAAACGAGCCGGUGGCUCAUCUGAUAUUAAGUGGUUCUGCCCCCUAAGGAUACUCAUAUUGCCAGCAAGUGCGUUGCCGGGUUUUUAAGAAUUGCUUCGCUCUUUUCUCGAAGGAGCCUAAGUCGAUUUGAUUCGGAAAUACUUCAGUGGGCAGCUGUUCCUCAAAAUGGUGGUGAGCGGAAAAUACUGCCUCAAAACUCGCUCAGCGGAACGACAGAGAGUUGAUGCGCAGGUUAUUUCGUAUUCAGCCUCGACGUCCGAUGAUGACACUCAGCUGCAGGUAUUAAUCCGAACAACUCCUCUGACCACUCUCCAUGGUAAAUGCGGUAGAAGAUGCAGAGUGAGCCCACAUCUCUACGCAUCGCCAAAGGAUCAAGCCGCUUGGAAAGUGAUUGGUUGACGAACCCAGCACGGUUGUUCAGCACACCAAGCUUUUUGAAGGCUAAUUUAGCCUUCCCUUCCAAAUGACCGCGAAACUGAACGUCUUUCGAUAUGUCAAUGUAUUCUGAUGGUAACUGAGGCUUUCAGGAGAGUGUUUUCGAAGAGUGGACUUUUCCUGGUGUCUACUUCAGACACCAGAAAUUACCUCCAAGGUACUUUGGUGGAACCUUCAAAUUGUCGCCUUCAAGGCAUUAGCGCUCAUCUAUUGGAUCAGGAAACAAAAAGCAAAAAAUAACGGUGCUAAUUCUUAUAAAACAAUAAUGAAUGUCUAUUUUUGGUCUAGUCUGAUGAAGAAGCACCUCUACUUUAUGGUUUAAACACGUAAAUCCUUGUAUUGGAAUAGUUGUCAUUGUAUAUAAUGUAAAUAUAUAUGUAUAAAUUAUUAAAAAAUGUGGAAGGUUAUUAUCAUUAGAUUACGCUAUGUAAUAUAAAUAAAUAGGUGGUUAUACAAUAAAAUUUUAAAAUUUAGACGUACGAUCAUAUUACAAGCUUUAAGUUGGGUAAAGUUUAAUAUUGAAGAUCACAGAUGGCGCUGUAUACACGCUAAAACGCGAUAUCAUCGUAGAUCCUAUUUUUCAUAAUACUGUCAUAAUACCAAACCGCGACGGCUCAAGCUAAGAUCCGAGUCUUGCUGGAGACGCCCAUUCAGGCAAAGCUGUAAAGGCCUUAAUUCCAUAUCAAAAAAUGCAGCCCAAGCUUAUCUGCCAAGGCCAAGAGCGAGAUUCCGCUCCAAAUGUGCUCGUUUCUCCUAGGCUCCUACGGCAGCUGUAUCCCCUUACAGUGGCUUCCAGCCUGCACCCGCACAGCCCUGUAGAAACAGGGCGGGACCCACCACGCCACCCGAAAGGGGGCACCACUCCGAACUGCGUUACUACGGAAUGCUUUUCUCUUCGUUCUCACUCAGUUUCAGUUUUCCCAUGAAUGACUUACGACAGGCCCUAGUCUCGCAGAAGACUUCUUGGUGCUGAUCCCAUUCCAAUUGGACUUCUAGACCCAUUUGCAGUAGCUACGCUGAGUAAAACAGCUCUAAGCUAUUAAGACCCAUUAAAAAAAUGCUGAUAUAUCCGUUGACCAUGAUUCAUGUCUAAUGAGCGAAAUUUUUGGUCUGUAGUUCCAAUGAAUUACGACACAUAUUUAUCUUGAUUUUGAGAGAGAAAAAAUCAGGCCUCUUAAAAGUCAAGUCUUUUUUUCAUCUAAAUUAAGAACUAAAUUGAAAAGAACAGAUAAGAACAAUAGCCCUAUCCAGCUGAAGCAGCCAACGAGAUCGAAGCAACGCAUCUGCGGCUCGUGAUUGGUCGCUGGCAGGUACGGCCUCUGAGAUAAAAUUUAAGUGUAGAUAAAUAUCCAGUCUUAGUCACUUGGACAAAGAGUCUUGUAAGGGAUACAGAUAUCUGAGGCCCAGACCUAAAAAGAUUGUAGCGCCACUGAUAUUUAUUGAACAAAUAUGAAUAAAUAGGUUAUGUUGUUUUCAAUGUCAUUCGUCAAUUCAUUCAAAGUUAUUGGCGAAUCCAGUAAUCUAGUCCUCAUUAUUCGCGUGUCAAUGUGACAAAUUCAGCUUUACAGAUUUUUGGCAAAUGCGAUUUAUAUAAAGUCUUAGUUGUAUUUAAAUAGUAACCAUAGUUACAAAGUUAUAAAUAAAGGCGAGAAUUGAAAACAAAAUACGAAAUGACGCCGUAUUCCGUACGAUUCGUUGAUCAGCGCCAUCUGUAGUCCGAAACGCGCAGUACAAGCGUGUCUAUUCAUAUUUUGUUUUACGUUCUCACCCGUGCUAUAUAAGUUUGCAUAUAUCAUGUACUAGACAAUAAUAGUUUGUUAAUUGUAUAUAAUCCUAGUAUAGUUACGUAUGGUAGAAUCUCAUUUCUCAUAAAACUGCGGCCUUUGUGCUGAAAUAUUGUAAAUAAAAAGUUAAAAAAACUUAUUAAAAUGAAUUCAUUCACCAUCGUUGUUACCAUGGUAACGAUUGUUUACGUGUACAAAGAAUGGUAGUCUGUGCGGAAAGUACGCAGUUGUAAUAAAUAAAGAUAAUUACUUAGGUACUCUAAUCAUGAUAAGCUUAUGUACUAAAUCAGACGUUUAGUAGUUUAAAGAUGUGGGCCUUCGUAUUUAGUGCAUCCCUGGAAUAAAUAAAUAAACAUGAAUUGAAAGUAAAAAGUGCAUGCAUACAAAGUACAUAUGUCAGAAGUGAAACUUUUUUGGCAAACUAAUUUUUAAGUCUAAUAUUUAUACAAAUCUAAAACUAGAUUUCCGUGACUUAGGGAGAGAAUUCAAUGAAAUUGUAAAUUAUUAAUUUCUUCGAUAUUUACAUUAUACGACGCGGUUUCUAUUGGUAUUGUUGUAACUAAAUUAUGAUAAGUAAAAUAUGCAAUAUAAGUUCGUGUUUCAACAUUAUCUAAAUAUCUUGUAAAAAUAGCAUCUAUUAUCGUAAUAUUCUCGCUCCAUGGCUAUUUGCUUCAUGCUACGUUCGCCCUUUCUCACUCUCUUUCAAUCGCUCUCUCCCUUUUAUUAUUAUUAUUAUUAAUACAUCCGUAAAAAAAAUGACCCUCAUGCUAAAGAAGUUUCACUUUAAAAAUUAUAAGUAUAAUGGGUUAGGUUUAGAAUAAGCCAUACUGUUUGUCAAAAAUGUGUUAUGAAAGCAAUUUAAUGUAAUAUUUAAUUGAAUGCACAAAGGCAACGAGAAGUUGAAAAACUGAUCAUGGAUGGUGAAAGAUCACAAGGCCGUUCACCAACGAAAAGAAAGACUCAGCGUCCUCAAAACUAACAAAGGAGACGCACUGGACGCUCAGACAUAUGCUGCCGAUAAAACAGUUCGUUGAUUCAUUUUAAUAAGAGAUUUUUACGUAAAACAAUAUUUCAGCAUAAAGGUCUGCUUUUAGGAUUAAAUAUUAUUUGUAUAUUUAUUAAACCUAAGUCUGGAGGCUAUACUUAUUUCAUAUAUCAGUAUUACUUUACUUAUAAAAUACUAUAUGGGACUCUGCUUGUCUUAAAUAGUACUAGUCUGUUACUCGUAUUUUUAACUAGACUGCGAUAUUGACUGCGACAACGCAGUUCACACUCUCAGUAUUGUACAACUUGUGUGAUUUGAAUUAUUAUUUGAUUUUCACCAUUAGGUAUUGUAAUAUUCAGAAACGAAACUCUGACCUGUUGGCAUUACAUACUGUAUUCAGAAACGUUCAUAGCAAACUUAAGCGAAUCUAGCGCCUCUAAACGAGCAGUUAUAUAACUAACAGAUAAUAAUGUUUAACACAAAUAAAUAUUAAAUAAAAUAUCUGGAUUAGUCAAAACUUUUCACGAAUUUUCGUGUCAAAUUGCAGAUUCAAGUGAUAUCUAUACAUGUUUAUAAAUAUUACAUUUAUCUGGCUUCACAGAUUCGUAAAUUGUUUUCAUACCAAAAACAAUAGAAACCAGACUUGUCAAACUUUGACAUGGAUUUUUUCUGAAUACAAUUAUUACAUAUCUGAAUAAGCUUAUUAGCUAUAAGUAAGACUUUUGUAUGUCUAAAACGAUAGCUUAUUCAAAGUUCACUCUUAGUUUCUACUAUUUAUUAACAUUCUCAUGUCUAUACGAAAAGUUUUGCUUGCUCUCUGAAUUGUUAAAGGAUACAUUGCAGUUGCACUCUUUCGUGUCUCUGUCAAAUUAAUGCUGUGAUGCAAGAGAAAGUUUUUAGUCAAAGUAUGGAACAAAACAUUUGUUUGUAUGUGUUCAUGCUCCAUUUUUUGCUCCUGUGCCCGUGUUCUGUAACUUCCAAAAGCAACAGCGAUCUCUACCAUUUUCGUCAGUAAGAUCGAUGUAGCGCUGAUGCCACCUUAGGAACAAAAAGUUAUAAAUCGGGAUCGCUAUUGGAACUUACAAAGAACCCCGUUCUUAAUAUUUUCUUUAGUAGCUUUGAACUUUUA